CCGCUCACUGCUCUGGAGGCAACCAGAGAGAAGAGGAGCGCGGGGCGAGAGCAACCUGAUCCAACGUACCCACGGAAGGAAAGAGACACGGGGACGCACUAAUACUCGUGGGAUCGAACAUGCAGGGAGGAAAACGCUUCGAUUAAACACGUUUUUAUACAGUUAAAUGGAUCGCGGUGAGAUUAGAGUUGUGUGACAUAUUGCUGAACAAGAAUUACGCACCAAGCGCCUUUCCAAGGUGAACCAGCGUUUUACGCGCAGACCUUGAGGAAUGAGAGAUUCCACUUGUGUUCAGAAAUCUGCAAGUUUCUCACGCUAAAAUGCAAUUAAGGAACGGGAGCUUAAAAGAGGUCAUUUUUCUGGCUGGAACUUUGCAUAUAGAGUGGACGCAUUAAACACUUUGUCACAUGUUGACGAAUGCUUUCAGAUCCAUACUUGGACUGGUUUGUUGGAGCAAUCUCUGUUGAACUGAACUUGGAUAUUGUGGGAACAGCAGAGACUGUGCAUUGUAUGAUAGCUACACCUGCGCACUGGUCCCACUGACGGACUGAGUUUUCAGAACAACGGUAUGGAUAGAGUCAUUCCAGACGUCUAACCUGCGUGUGAGUCACCGUGAGCAAACAUUUGGACAAGCCGCGCUCAUUGAGGCCAGUGACACGUUUGGUUUGGAGAUAUUUAACAGUGCCUGCUUUGCGCAAGCGGCCACAGCACACGAAUCCGGGGCGAGGCUCGGUUCGGCUGCGGGAUUGGACCUCGGGGUGCUAAAUGCCCAGCCGGACCCAUGCGGCUCCUCAGGCUGGGCGGAAACAUGAAGUCCUGGGUCCUGCAGCCUCUGCUGCUGGCUGUGCUCUUAUCGGCCCGUCUGAGGUUCGGGAACGCUGAGGGCGAUCCACUCCCUCAGUCACUGGUCGACCUGGUGUUGGAGUCUCCCAUCUCCUCAGUGGAAGACCUAAAGCUGCUGCUGAAGCAGGAGGCCAGUUCAAUAGAAGAUACAGAGGAUGAGCAUGACAGUCUUCCACACUCCACCCAUGGUCGAUACAUUAGAAGUCUUGUGGAAGCACAGCCAGCGCAGAAGGCAGAAUGUAAAGUCAGAACAGAGGUGAUGGAAAUAACAAGAUCCAUGCUGGAUCGUCGCAACGCCGACUUCAUGCUGUUUCCUCCUUGUGUGGAAGUGCAGCGAUGUUCAGGCUGCUGCAACACCGAGCACCUCCAGUGUGUCCCCACUGUUACCUCCAGCCGAUACCUGCAGGUAAUUAAGAGGAAGUUCAUCAACCGCAAACCUCACUAUGAAAAUGCCAUCAUUUCAGUGGAAGAUCAUGUAAGCUGUCGGUGCCAGCGAUCUUCUCCCUCCACAUCAUCUUCUUCCUCUUCAACUGUCGUCUCUCAACCAAACCCUCUUCCACCUCCACCACAAAAGCCUCCUGCAUCUUCCCACCUACCUCUGUUCCCACCCCAUACCCCUCACCCACUUCCACCAAAGACUCAUGCUUCCAAGGCGGACCUCCAUCGCCAUGAUGAUCUCAAGCACAACCAGCAACACCACCAUCCGCACAAGCAUGAUCCGUUGGCGAGGCAAUGGCAACAGGGCAGUUACACUCAGCUGGUGCGCUGGACGCAGCCCAGGGUGCAUCAAGCCCUCACGCAUGUGCAGACUGGAGUGCGCCACACAACGGCUGGGUUGCUCGGGUCAGUCAGUACCUGGCCAUCUGAGACAAGGGCUGAGCACACUAUUAUGGGAAGCCCACAUUAUAUUGGACAUGGGAGUGGCUUUGACAGGAGCCGUGAGGAGAAGGAGGAGACAGAUGGUGGGGGAGUGCACCAUACUGAUCAUGAACAGCAGCAAAAGCAGCUGUUAAAGCACCACCAGAGGCAGGAGCACCAGUGUCAUCAACACCCACACAACUCACAACAGUACAACCCUGGAGGAGAUGAGGACCAGGAGCUGAGAACGCAGUAUCAGCUUCAUGCUCCCCAGUCGGACAGUGCUUCUCCACCUGUCAGCAUAACCCAGGCACCUGAGACAGGAGAAAAUCCCACCGCUUUUAUAUCUUUUCUUCAAAAAGACUCAGUGACCACUGAAAAAUAUGCAGAGGUAACUCAUCACAAACAGAUAGAGACCAAAGCAGACGGUCAAAAAAAGGGGGCUGAGAGGGAAGAAAGUGGGUCAGCAGUUAGCGAGGACUCGGCUCGGGCAGAGGCAGCCAAUCAGGGGAAGGAAAAAGACUCCAAAUUGAGUGGGGAGGGAGGCCAUUUAACAGAGGAGGAGAGACGACAGAAGCUACUGGAGAUGGUACAGAGUGAGCCAGAAAAAACGCCUCUCCUGCAUCCUCACCAAAGACCAAAACCAACAACGUUUAAAUCAGCACUGUCCACUGUAGCACCCAUGUCGAUGGCAGCUUAUCAGGUACCAUUCCGUCCUGCCUCUCCUCGCCGUAGGAAAAGAAAACAUCGCAAACGCAUCAGCAAAGCCGCUAUGAGGGCUAUGAUCAUGUAGAGAUGAAGGAAUUGGCGCAGCAAAAUAAAAAAAAAGUUAUGAAACACGUCUUCAAAGGAAUAUGGAGAUGAAAGAGGUGUUUCCUAAUAGCGGAAACACCUCAAAAUCAGCUUAGCAGAAAGUCACCUUUGCAGCUUUGGAGAUGCUACAAAGUAUCCACCAGUCUGGAUUUAAUAAGUGCAAUCUUGUGAACUCCUUAAACUAAGAGAGACUUUGACACACUAAACACUGGACCUCACUUGUGUCAUUUAAAAGCACAGAUGGAACUAAAAGGGAUUUAUUUGGACUGUGUGUAAAGAAGGCAAGAUAAGGGGCAGCCAUUGACUGGCUACUUUAAACAAGUUGCUUAUACCCAAGAUUGAUAUUGAAUUGCUGAUUUGGGGCUAAACAUGGAGUUUGAAAUGAAAACGAACAGACCAGGAGAACUGGAUUUCUACACUGGGAUGAUGACUGGAAACUUUUGCCUGCAGCUUUGGCCUCAGUGCCAAAAAUUACAGUUAUUGUUACCCUGAAAUCUUUGAGUGUAACAUAAUGUAUCACUGGAGUAGCCAUACACUGAUCAUACUACACUGACUUUAGAGACUACUAUGUACUGUAGCUAAAUGUACAGGAAAAUAUCAGUAAGCAUUCUUUACUACUGCCUGAUGAAAUGAAACGGAAUAACAACUAAAUGCCUGCUUUAAUAACAUGCUAUAAAUAUCCACAAGUCUUAAAGACAUGGCUUUUAGAGACUGUUGUGAGCCAGUUAUGUAUAAUGCUACACUGUAAAAAAAAUGCUUUUAAGAAAAUAAUUUCCUGGUGAAAGAGAAAAGAAUAGUAUUUCUUAACUUAUUAAAACAUUGAGGAUAUGAAGUCCUUUGGUUCUCAAGUGUAAUUACUGUCACAGACAUGUAAUGUUAUAAUAUUCGGUUGUACAACUGUAAUUAAUGUUAUUUUUCAUAAAAAAUAAAAAAUGUUCAAGGAAAACUUCA